AUGUCUCCAGAUAUCGUAGCCGCCGCAACCAACAUCACUGACGCACAAUCGAAGACCGCGAAACGUGCCUUUGUCACGUUCCUUGCCGGAAACGGUGACUACGUCAAAGGUGUUGUUGGUUUAGCCAAAGGUCUCCGUAAGGUUGGAACCAUGUACCCUCUUGUGGUUGCAGUGUUGCCUGAUGUUCCGGCGGAACACAGGAAUAUUCUCAUCUCACAAGGUUGCAUUGUUAGAGAGAUUGAACCUGUUUACCCACCUGAGAACCAAACACAGUUUGCUAUGGCUUAUUAUGUCAUCAACUACUCCAAGCUACGUAUUUGGGCGUUUGAGGAAUAUGAGAAGAUGAUUUACCUUGAUGGUGAUAUACAAGUUUUUGAAAACAUUGAUCAUUUAUUUGAGUUGCCAAAUAACUAUUUCUAUGCUGUGAUGGAUUGUUUUUGUGAGGCCACAUGGGGUCAUACUAAGCAAUAUGAAAUCGGUUACUGUCAACAAUGUCCUGACAAGGUUCAAUGGCCUAGUAAUUUUGGUCCCAAACCACCUCUUUACUUCAAUGCCGGCAUGUUUGUUUAUGAACCUAAUAUGGAUACUUAUCAUGAUCUUCUUCAAAAACUUCAAGUUACUAAACCAACUUCCUUUGCUGAACAGGAUUUUUUGAACAUGUACUUCAAUGACAAAUAUAAGCCAAUUCCUAAUGUUUACAAUCUUGUGCUGGCUAUGCUGUGGCGUCACCCUGAGAAUGUUGAACUUGAGAAAGUUAAAGUUGUUCAUUACUGUGCUGCUGGUUCAAAGCCUUGGAGGUACACUGGUGUGGAGCAGAAUAUGCAGAGAGAAGAUAUAAAGAUGUUGGUGAAGAAGUGGUGGGAGGUGUAUGAAGAUGAGAGUUUGGAUUACAAGGAAGCGAUUAAUGCUAAUCGCUUAACAUCAGCAAUUUUGGAAGCUGGUGGUAUCAACUUUGUCCGCGCUCCAAACGCUGCUUAA